AUGGCUACACAUCCGAACUACACGGGUUUGACCAUUGUGAGAACAUUCUCACUUGAUCACUACGAGGGUGGUGCUUGGAACACUGGUGGAUCAUGCACCGGGAAAGAAGAACCGAUCCUUCCUGGGAAGCUAGUGAAAAACGGGUUCACAGAGAUAAUGUAUGAGAAGCAAGCGACAGAGUUUAACCGAGCUGUGGAAAAAGUCUCAGAAACUUAA